UACGGACUGGAACUGGGCUCCUACUACAACACUUCUCUAGGAAGAAGCUGACCGCGCUCCUACACCUUCAUUUUCCCGCAAUUACAUUAUGGAAGAUGUUGACCUGUUAGGACUGAACGCAUUUGAAGAACAAGUCCAAAAACUAGGAGAUGUGAACAGUCGAGGGGAGACAGCAACUCGCUUGAACUACGCAUCAGUGAUGAAUAAAUGGAAGCGGUUCUGCAAGUAUCGAGAAUAUUCCGAAUCCCCAGAGGAACGGAUGAAGAUGGCAACAAGCAUCGACGUCAUUGUUUUCUUGGUGUACAUUAUAGAGACCGGUCGGAUCGGGACGCCCGUAUCAUUGAAAAACUAUUACACUCGGUUCAGUGCGAUUCGACAUCAGAAGUUCUCGGACGCAGUUCCGUGGACUAAGACGCAACGAAAGUCCAUAACCACUUACAUCUUCGAUAUAUUCGCGCAAAAGUACAGGUUAAGCAACCUUCGCGAGCCUGCUUCAGUGAUUGACUUCAAGGAUCUGUGUACGAUCUUGGAAACGCACUGGGAGCGGUUGGACUUGUUCUUCAAGAACGGCUGUAUGCGUCUACAGUUCGCUUUAGCGAUCUUGAUCCACGCUUAUACUGCGACUCGGCCAGGCGCUAUCCUGUACGGCCUACCUCAUGUGCCAGAUGAAGAACCGGAGCCGUAGUACACGGAAUUCAACCUUACCGAACUAAGCAAGCUACGCUGCCUAUGCUACAAGCACAUCACGAUCAAGCUGGUAAAGUAUGAGGAUCCUACCAUGAGGGAUCUGUUCUAUGUCGACAUCGAUCUUAAAUGGACUAAAGGAAUCAAGCGGC